CAUGAAGCACCAUCACGCGAUGGUAUGCUGGGUACGCAUAAACCCAGCCGAGCGUGUAGAGCAGUUGAUAAUUACCGCGCGUUACUUCUGCGAAGGCGCAGAGAAUAGAAAAUCCCGUAGGCGAAAAGCAUCAAUGACACAGACGAAAUGCUUUGCUGUUAUUUUCCCCGCUCUCCAAUCGAUAAGUCGCAGGAAUCCAGUUUGCGGCGGGGAUUUCCUGUGCGUUAUGCAGCCGCCGCCGACACGGCAAUUGCAGCCGCAAAGAAUUUCUCUGCACGGCCGCAGAUCAUUCUGGCGGAAAGAGAGAAGGGCGACGAGAUCACGCAUCCAUGGAACUUAGUGCCAUUUGGAGCACCGGUGCGCUGAGGUAUUCGAUAAUUGAUGAUGGAUCCCGUCUUGAAUGAAGAUGAUAUCUCAUUGAACGAGAUAAGAUCUUACAUACGCGAAAAUGUCACGGUAACCUCGUACACGAGCCACCAGGGUCACACAAUCACGUAAAAUUCACGGCGAAAGAAGUCAAUCUGUCCUCUGGAAAAUUACGUAUAACGAAUCGUGAAUUACUAUGUUUAUAUUUUCACAGCGAGAGAAUUUUUCUUGCCUUUAAAUCAUUCAUUACCGAUAAUUCUUCGUAAUUUAUUGCAAUAAUUUAAUUAUUUAUAAUAUUUCUUUGCAAUAGACAUAAAUUUCUAAGUCUAAUGUGAUUGUUUAUCAGGAGAGAAAUCGUAUUGUCCCAAUCAAAAUAAAAAUUUAAUAUUUUUCAUACAACAUUAAAUCUGUCUCCGUUAGAAUAUUGAUAGUUUCUUUUCCUGCAUAACACAAGGUUUGUAAAAUUUGCAUAAACAAUAAAAAAGAGAAAAGAAUCUUAGAAGAAAUUAAUUCUCUGCUCAUUUCCCUCCUCGUCCUUCGAUCUUUUUCUUUUUGCAACUCUGAUCACGUCACUACAUACGAAUGGAGAAACUGGACACCACGCAUCGCCUAAUUAUUCAAUUCCUCAAGUCGUGCCCACGUGGUCAUUUAUGGGAAAGAUUUUUCAGAGACGCGCAGAGGUGCGCGGGGAGAAGAGGGAUACGCGAACAAUAAUUUCUCCAGAAGAAUCUCGGCGGUAUUCGAAAAUCACUUGUUAAGUCAGUCGGCCAGUGUCGACACGAAUACUUCGGGGAACGGAGGGGGGGAGGGGGGCUUCUCGACCUGAAGAGAGAAGAUGGAAGAGAGAGAAGAGUGUGUACGUUCUCUCCGCGAUCGCGGCAUCCCUCACCGUGCUGGCGAAUGUAGGUCCUUGGGUCGGCACCUAUAAUGCAAACCUCCUACCGCCUUGCUACCUAGCUGUCUCAUGCGGCCACUCUUCGGGAACAGUAAGUCUCCCUCUCCUCUUAACCCCACCAACCUUCGGAGUUCAUUGAGAACACGAUAGCAGGUGUCCCGCAUAGCGCGCAAUAAGCGUGGUUAUAAGGACAAGUGUCCUAGUGUCAUGCUUUUUUUUUUUUUUGGUUUUCCAAUAGGAUGCUGGAAAGCGAAGAAAUUUGAUGUAGGAGAUUAUGGAUCAGUAUAUUGAUUUACCGGAAUGGCCGUCGAAAAAUCACAAUGGCCUCGAAAAAAUGUUCGAGAGGUUGCGCACCAUUAACGAGUAUCGCAUACUCGAAUUCUUCAUUUUCCGACGAAUGUGACAGGCGCGUCGAAUUCGAGUACAGCUUCAGUCUCGAAUUCGCUAAACCGUUUCGUGCGAAAAGAAUUUACAUAGGCUUUACUUUUGUCACAUUUUGUUCAUUUAAUCACUGUUAAGAGAGCGCGCUGUCGAGAUCGCUAUUGAACUGUUUCUAUCAAUGCUAUUUUGUACAUCUCGUCUGUCGACGCAAGGCAGACAGUGUUUUCCAUAACAGUAUGCGCUACAUCUGCCCAAUGCAGCUGCGACAGUUAACGGGUAUACCGGAUAUACCGGGUAUAUCGAUCGGUGACACGAGCCGUAGAAGGCGAGGAAGGUGAAGAAGGCAAAGAAGAGAGGUAUACCGGAUCUAUCUUGAUCCGGCAGACUUUAUUUUUUCUUUGCAAUUCAAAAAUUGCAUAGAUUAGAGAUAGAUCUAUUUGUUUUAUACCCUUUAACUUUGCCAUUCCCAGGAUACAUUCCGCGCUCGGCGUAAUGCAGGUUACGAAGAUUACAGAACAGGUCCGCGAAAGUUAGCCGAGUAGAUGACACAAGCCGGACCCGGGCUGGCUGAAGAGUCGGUCGCGAGAAGAGGUUUCUUUGGUACCGCGUGUCCCGAAGCGCCUUGCCGACCAACCGCCAGGAGACCAAUAUGAAGAAGAAGAGGAAGAAGAAGAGGAAGAUGGAGGAGCGGGAAAAGGAGUUGUCAGAGUAGGGAGAGAAUGGCGAAGAGGGGUACCCGCUUUGCCUCUGGCCUCUCUCUCUCUUGAUACACCUUUCUCCGGUUCCCCAACACCCGGCGGCAGGCCUUGGUUCCCCUUCAGUCCUCACCGGGACACAGACAAAGUUACGCACCCGGAGAAAGGUCAAUCGAUCGGCCGCUCCGUCGUAUGGAGCUCUCGUAAUUUUUCGCCCGGUGUAACGAGAUGUAAUUUUUUACUUUAUCAUUUUACUAUACCGUACGACGAUACCGUUUCAAAUUAUCAGUCGAUUAUCGGUCGUUCCUCUCAUUUUCCCGUCUCCCUAAUCUAUUUCCGUCCAUUUCUUGCGUUACGUCUUUCCGCUAUACUAUCGCGGAGGUCGCGGAAGUUGGAUCGCGACGAGGUGUUCGCCAGGGACUGUAGCCCCGAGAUCGCCUUUGGUGCCCAUGUAACGGACAAGUCAGUACCGACAGCGCGGGAUUGGUUUACGUGAUAGAGUGCGCGUCUUUCUCGUGACUUUCGGCUAAUUCAAAGUGCUGUCGCUCCGAGGGACCUCGAACAGAUGGGCGACGACAUGUGGAGGCUUUGGUUUACGAAAUUACUUCUGCCAGUAGCGUUUCUGCUGAUAAUCACGGUUCAAACGCGAUCAGAGGAUGGAGUUUUAUCGAAUAAUGUUAGAGCCUCCAGGGUAGAAAGAGAUCUAGAGGGAGUAACCACAGUCCUCUUGGUAUCGGCAAAUCGUCCUGGAAAAUCCGUACCACCAGUUGGAUUAUUGACGACAACGGCACGGACAUUCGUCCAAAAUGGAGCAAGUACUGAAUAUGCGACUCAAAUUUUGGGCACGACUUUAGAUAACGGUCGCCUGUAUGCAAGAAUUUUCUCUACAUCAAGCAGAGUAUUCUACGAUAAAGAUCCGACACCAAAUCCAUCGAAUCCUUACGUCGUUUAUCCAUCGAGAGUACCUGACGAUAAUUGGCGACUUCGAGGGGCGCUUGAUAACGCAUCGAUUAGAGCUAUUCAACAGAUUGAAAUAUUAAAUGGUAAGACCAAUGCAGAAUCGAACGAAAAGAAAAAGGAAACCGGGAAUACUUCAAAACUGGACGAACUAUCCAAAGAAAAUGACAUAUUUAAUAAAAAAGAGUUGAACGUGGACACACAGAGAUUCAAACCAGCGAAGGUUCGAGCGGCCGAUAAUCUGCCCACUUAUACCGUCAAACAUGAGUACGUGUCAAAUAACUUCGAUUCGUUCGAUGAUACGCAGUCAAGGACUUUCCGUCCACGAAUACCAAAAAUAUUUAAACCACAAGUGAAAACUCCACCACAGAAGAAGCCGGAUAUAAAGCCUCUCGCUACAGUAACCUAUCAUGGCUUUGCGGAUUUCACGACCACGGUCGGCGAUACCGUCAUCGUUUUCUCACCAAGCACGUCGCCGGCACCCAUGGGACGUCCCGCCACCACGAUCAAAGGUGACGCGACGCUUCGUCCAGAUGAUGGCGUGGCAGUAUUGAAGAUUCGUCCUACGACCGUGAUGGAACACGCAAGAACUGAUCGACCCUAUGAGGGAGAUCACAAGCACGGCUCGGACGAUCAACUUUUGAGCGCUAUCAAUCGCGGCAACAUUCAGCCAAGCAUCACCGAGGAAAUUGAUGCUGAAUCGUCCAAGAGGUCUACGGAACCGUUAUUGCUGAUACCUGAUGCUGAAACUGGAUCACUGAAGCCAACAGGUCUUCUGAAAGUCGUCGAUUCUACUACUUCAUUGGAUGGUACUACGACUCAUUACAAGAGUCUCAUUUAUGGCACGUACAUUGGCACGAAUUAUGCGCAAAUUAUUCACACAUCUUCGAAUGUGUACUUCUUUCCGGAUGACGCCACCGUGACGUAUGAUGACACGACCGUGGAGUAUGGUACAACAGAAACAGAAUCUGACGAACGAGACACCACCAUUGAGGCAUUGCCUUCUACCACGCCGACGACCAUCACAACCAGCGAGGAAGAGAUGAAUGAACUGACUACUCCGUUGAGAAGCACAACGGACAGCGUCUUAACGACAUUGAAGGAUAUUUUAGAAAGUGCAAGGAGAGUAUUAGGAACAACUGAAUCGGCGCUACCGACUUUAGAUGAUGAAAUUCCUAAUGAUAUCGUGCCAGGAGAUCCCCAGGGUCGUAGUAUCAAAGGUGGUUCUUCGCAAAAUAAGCUUCGAUCCAAUGGACAAAAACUGCAUGGAUCUGGUUCAAGUAACGUGAAAGAGAAAGUGACAUUAGCUACUAGAUUAUUGCCGUCUACUGUCUACAAGACGUUUACGUAUUUCACAACUUUCUUCAUUCCGGGGGACAGCGAUCAAACUACGACUUCAAUACGUUCUCGAGAGGUAGUUUCUUCCGAGGUAACUUUCUUGACAGAAUUAAUUCAACCUACCUCAACUAAUAAUUUGAUUCGUCCUACUAUCUCUUCGCCUCCAGGCAUAAGACAAAAAACACCAAGUUUACCCGAAGAAGAAGAGCAAACUACUAAACAAGAUGAGGAGAUAGAGCUCAUUUUUAAGACUCUAUAUACAACGUAUACAUAUUUAACAACAUUUUUCCAAGAAAAUACAUCUAGCGUAUCUAGUCGACAAGUUGUUGAAACUAACGUUAUCACGCAGACCAUCGGACCAAAUGGUGUUUCUGACAUUGUCGCCAGUCUCUUAGGAAAGGACGAAUCCGUUCUGAUAUCGCCCACAACAAUAUCGCAAAAUAUCUUGCCGUCGAUAAUAACGAACGCUCGUACUCCCGAGGAAUUCAACAGAGGUACCGAGCCUGACGAAGAAACGACGGAAGAAAGUCUAACCACUUUCCAGCAGCAGGAUACCACGGAAUCCAUUACGACUGUUGAUGAUUUCGAGACACCUGACGGAUGGACUACCGAUUUAGAACCAAGUCCCACUCCAGCUAUGGCAAGCGCAGCAGUAAAGGAACAAGUAAAGACGUAUUAUACGACGUACACGUACUUUACCACUAUUUUUGUGGACGACGAGACGGAAAUCGAGACACGAACUGAAGUCUUCACUAACAUUAUCACGGAAACUAUUACACCUACCAAGGUUCAAUCGAUUCCGCAAAAAACAGUUCGACCAAUAACGCCAAAAUCUAAAUCUACCGAGAACAAACCUGCACCUCCUCCAGAAAUUUUAGCUUAUCUAGAAGCUCUUCAACGUCAGAAGUCGCAAGAAGAGGCACUUUUAUUAGCAAAGAAAGUUCAGCAAUCUAAUGAUAAAGUAACACGCGCUGAUGAAAUUACUGAAAGCAGCACUGAAAUUACGACGGAAGUGCCUACCACUUUGGAAGAUCAAUCCACCGCUGAACGUCUAUUCCGUGACUUCCAAGUAGGCGCGCAAGUAACGCCCAAUCCUCCAACUUCUGACGUGGAAGUUCUGGGCUCUAUGAUCACGGACGUCGUGUCCUCUUCCAGUUCCGGUGGUGGUACCGUACUAGACAUGGAUAAGAGAAACAUUGUUCCUGAAGAUCAAGAAUUGUCGGAGUCUAACAAUCAUGAAGUAGAGCCUGCACCGACAUUGCUUUUGCAAACCAGUUACACGACUUUCACGUACUUCACAACAAUGUAUAAGGGCGACGAGACGAAUGUCGUCAGUCGCCUAGAGACAGUUACAAAUGUCGCUACGGAGACUUUAAGACCGUCCAUCGUAGUACCGGUUCCAACCAGUACGUUGCCGGUAACGUAUUUCACGACUUUCACAUACUGGACGACGUUUUACAAAGGUGGUGACACCAUCACCACUAGCCGCGAGGAAACGAUCAGUAACGUUGUCACAGCGGGUGUCUCGCCAACACCUACAGUAGAACUCGGCGUAAUAAUGACUUACACGCCAACUAUAAAUCCGCCGGAGGAAGAAUCAGACAACGAAGAGGAGUCUACGAUCACGGCGGAUAAUGAAGUAACACCUUUGGGCAAAGGUGUGCGUGGAAAAUCCGUUACUGAGAAUACAAACGAACCAAUUACAACCAAACCUGAUGAUCUGAGCGCUGUAAACUCUUCGUCAAUUUCACCCGAGCCCACGACUUUCUACACUACAUUUACUUACUUCACCACAUCCUACAUAGGAAAUGAGACGAUCUUAAACAGCAGGCUGGAAACGGUAACUAGCGUAUCGAUACCAGACAUUGCGACGCAACAAGCGACUGGUCGCGCAAUCGGAGGACCUGUGUAUCCGUCAAUUCAAACGAUAAAUACCGAUGAGAAAACCGUAAUACCGUCCGAAACUCUAAAAACGGGUUUGAUUUCAACGGUACGUUCGAGUGAGAUACACGACGAUACUACGACUUACUAUACUACGGAUGUAUAUGGUACUUACAUAGAUGGAUAUUAUGCACAAGUAGUAAAAAGCUCGACGAAGAUAGAAACGCCGUCAUUAUCAUCGAUAGCCACGCCGGUUCUUCCUACAGGAGUUCUGUCUUUGAAUAAAGGAAGCGUGAUAGAUGCUGACGAAGUUACUACUGUUUACUUUACAACUAAGCAAAUCGGCACGCUUUUUGAAGGUACCUAUGCUAAAGUAAUCGAAAGUACAUCAAGCACGAAGAUAGAUGAGGAAAGAAAAUCGAGCAUUCCGCCGACUCAAGGCCAUCGAACUGGCUUGGUACGCCUGAUUCAAGGUCAGAUGGAAAAUAACGGUACCACCACAUUUUAUCAAUCAAAAGUAAUUGGUACCAGCAUCGAGGGGAGAUAUGCGCAGAUAAUCGAAAGUACUUCUAGCUUCUUUGUGCCGAGCUCCACGAUAAAUAUCGCGCCAACUUCUACUCUACCUCCAAGCCAAUCGACAGGUAUUCCGGGAAUAUCACCUUCUCCCGCCGUUAUCCAAUCUUCCGAAGAACAUACAGAAUCUUCCGACCAAGAUGAGGACCAGAAUGAGGACGAUGACGAGGAGGGCGAAGAAGACGAUGACGGGCAAAGUUCUAAAAAGAAAUCACGUUUGACAUUCUCGACGAGAAAGAGAACUUUCACGCCUGUAAUUAGACCAUUCGCUUCUAGAAACAGACCGACUUUCAAUCCAAAACGCAAAGGCGCGCAAGCCGCGACGACUAUUACCAGAACAGAUAUAACUCCAACGAUAACUGCCAGUUUGGCUGGUAAAGGCAACAGAUUUGCAUCAUCACGAGGUCGUGUUACUUCGCCAAUCGGUCCGUACUCCUCGACGUUAUCUUCGUCAGGCUCCAGAAGAUUCUCAGGCAGACGCGGAACUGCCACGACUUCGAGUUCGGCAUUCCCAGCGGGCAGUACUCGAAGUAGAGUACAACCCAGGAUAACCCCGUCAUCGGUGUUUCAAAGCAACAGACGCGGUCCCACAUCGGUAAGAGGAUCCUCCGCCAGAGUUGCAACUCGCGCAUCAAGUUCCGCAUUUCCUAGUGCUUCGUCGAGAUACCGUGCAAGUAUCCGACCGUCGUCGACGUUAUUGCGAGGACAACCUACCGCCAAACACGAUGAUCAAGAAAACGAUGCCAAUGAGUUCACUACAACAACACUCGUAACGGAUGAAACACCGUUUACAGAAUCUCUCGACGGCGAAACAAUUACCACUCCUCUGCAGACAACGACAGAAUCAUCUAGGAGAUCUACAAAUCCGCUCUUGAGAUUUCGCAGGCCCAUUAAUUUAAGCAGCAACGGCAGAUCGGUAACUACUUCAAGACCACCAACAACUACAACUCCAAGACGAUCAGGAAAUGUAAAUAGACUAAGCGCCCCGCCAACAGUUCCUAGAACAACUAAUGGACGAACAAAUAGCAGGGCAACUCCUUCGGUAUCUACGAGAACACGGACGAGCAAUACAAAUUUUUUCCCACCACGUGGAUUUCUCGGUAGAAAGCAAGAAACAACUACCGAAGAGCCGACUGUGCCAAAAGAAGGACAAAACGAAGGCAACGAAGGUUUCGAGGACGAGCCCGUAGAAGAAAUAUCAGACAAUGAUUACGAAGGAUCGGAACAUGAAGAUAAAAGAUCUAAAGCGAAUGUAAAUCGUCGUUCUGGAAAGGCUGUUGGACCCGUCGUACAAAUUAGACCUUUCGGAGCCAGAACGAGAAGAGUUCGUCGUCAGGCUAGCCAAUUGAGAGCAUACAGCAACCGUUUUCGUAGACCCGCUCAAACCUCUUCUACAAAAGCGGAAGAGAGAUCUGAUUCAGAUGCCUUAGCAAAUGAAGAAGAUAUUAUAAAAACAGCACCAAAACCUUCUGCUCGUUACAAUAAUCGCGCGCGAAGUUUAACACAACCUUCACCUUCUCAACCGCAAAAGACACCAAACAAUCCCGAUCAAACGACAGAAACAACGGAGUUAUUGAAUCAGCAGAGUAAAUCCAGAACUAGAUCAAAACAAUCUAAUGAAAAUAGAAAUGGAUCUAUCAGAAUAAAACCAUCACCGGCCUCAAAUAACGGACGACAGUUUACAUUAAGAGAAAAGGAUACCUCUUCGAGCAGAUCAGGAUACAAGAGGCCAACUUCUAGUUCUAGAACAAACGGUAGAUCUACCAGUAAAUCGAACAACGGAAGAGUAAGGCCAUCGACACUACGAAACGGAUCUUCCAAAUCGGAAUAUUCAACGAAUUCUCGAAGAGUAUCAUCGUCUCGUUCAAGAUCGACAAAUGGAAGAAACGGAAAUAGAAGGGUUCCUACGAGAGGCAGAGGUUCCUAUGAAGACAUCCGAGAAGCGCCUACUGUAUAUCCGAAAUUUGACGGCACCAUAACUGUGACGCAUUAUGUACCAACGGAAGUGACGAUUCCUGUGGUGAAUAAUGGCGUCACAGAACAUCGAAAUAUUAUAACAGCGCAACCUAGUACUGAAGUCCUCGGGCCUUCUCAGUAUAGCACUGUAACAAUUGGAGACGGAAAGCCGCUCGUAGUGAUCGUCAGCGAAGUGACGGGUACCAAUAUACAAGGCCAGGCUGAGGUUACACGAUUCUUGUUGCACGAGACACCCACAACUCGUAUCUCGCAUACCCUCACGAGCCUUGGUGGCCGUCGAGUCUCUCAAUCAGUUAUCAUACCAACAACGGUAUACUCCGUGGAAAAUAUUGUAUCUACGGUACAACCUUCUUUGCCCGGCAACGCUCCACUUGCCAAUAUUCUUCUCUCGCAAUUACUUUUGGGUCAAUUAGGUCCGAAUCCUCUAUUACAAUCCCAAGCUACACCCACCACGCAAUAUAACACACGCACCACCUCCUACGUCACUACAAUAACGAAACAUCAGAGCACUAUCAUUCCUCUCACCUUUCGUGGGAAAGAGAUCCUGACGACUUUGGUCGAUUCUUCGACUGAUGUCGUUACGGCUACAGAAUUCAUAACGGACACCGUUGUAGUGACUCCAACGGCUGCGAUACCAGCGGCCAACAUAAAUUCCCUCUUGAUGUUACUCCAACAACCGCAGACGCAGUCGCAGAAUCCGUUGCUGGAUCCUUUAUUCGCUGCUGCUCCGUUCACACAAAGCAAUACCUUACCGGGAGAAGUCGAGAGACGACAUCAACCGGCGGAUUCCGAUUACAGACAUGACAGCUACGAGUAUUUCGAGGAGGAUGAUGCAGAAGAAUACCAGAAGUCUUCCAGAUCACGCGGACGUGGUAAAUCAAAUGACAAGAAGAAAGAGUCCAAGGGUUCCACGGCUACCAAGGCUGAAUCAAGUGUAGUAACACUUUAUGUUUCCGGCCGCAGACCCGGAGAAUUCAGUACUGUUCUGAGUACUGUGAAAAUCGAUAAUUCCGCUACCGCGUCCAGAAGACGAAGAGACGCUUCGGAAGGAGCUGUUGAAGUCCGACCUUCCGUACCACCGUCAUUACAUGCCGGACCAGUAGACGUUGCCAUUCUGACAGGAAGCGAAGAACCUAUCGACGCACACGCACCAACACAAAGUCUCGAGAGCGUAGUGGGUGACGUCGGACGGCAUAUUUCCACGUCCAUUUAUACCUAAUUUUAUUCCUCUCUGUUAUACCUUUCCCCAUCUCUUCCUCACCCUUUUCUCUGUCUUUCGCCUUUAUAUCAUAAGAGUCCAUAAUUUUAUUGAAAUCCAUUUAGAAUCGCCCUAGAGAGGGGUACAUCGCAAUGAGAAGAAAACGAGCAAUAUCGAUGAAAAUAUAUGUAAUAUAGACAAUCCCAAGACACUGCCAGGAUCUCUUUCCUUGAAAUUGCGUAAAGGAAAGAUCAUUGGUAGUUGACAGUUUCGGUGAAACGAGAGUCAUCAUAAAGAUGGCUGUCUCGUUAUCCAUUCUGUUCAAUCAGAUCUCUCCCAACCUCUUUCGAAUCUCUUUUUGUUUCCAUCUUAAAAAAUAUCCUUUUCGAGCGUCGUCCCUCAUUUCCUUUUACUAACACAGCCUUGAUCUGCCGCCGCACGCGCGCCCACACGACAAAAUCAGACAUGAUACUUUUCCGUCUCGCCAACAACAUUACAACAAAUAGACAUGUCGUGCAAAUAUCCAGAAACGCUAUUAAAAUGCAAAGUGCAUGUGACCAUAUUUAAUCGGACACAAAAAGCACACCAAAAAAAAA